CCUUCGAAGAUUGGAUACUUCCAGGGCUUGCCGGGUGUGGAAGUCAAAAUUCUUCAUGGGGAUUUGAAUGACCAUGAGAGCUUGGUGAGUGCAAUCAAGCAGGUGGAUAUUGUUAUCUCCACCGUUGGAGGGCUGCAGUUGGCAGAUCAGGUCAAUAUCAUCGCUGCCAUUAAAGAGACAGGCAACAUUAAGAGAUUUUUGCCAUCAGAAUUUGGAUUGGAUCCAGAGCGCGUGACAAAGAUAGAACCUGCAGCAUCUGCUCUCGCUCCCAAGCUUGCUAUCCGUCAAGCCAUCAAGGCCGCUGGCGUCCCCUACACUCUUGUCUCCAACAACUACUUCGCCGGCUACUCUCUCCCCACCUUGGCUCAGGCUAGCCCUCCCAUUGACAAAAUCACCAUCUUUGGUGAUGGAAACACUAAAGGUGUCUUUGUUGUUGAGGAUGAUAUUGGCAUAUAUACAAUUAAGGCAGCUAAUGAUCCAAGAACCCUGAACAAGACUGUAUACAUAAGGCCACCUGGUUGUAUCUACUCUCACAACGAGCUCAUCUCUCUAUGGGAGAAGAAGACCGGCAAAACCCUAGAGAGGAUUUACCUCUCCGAGGAAGAAGUUCUUAAGACUAUCCAAGAAGCCCCAUUCCCUUUCAGCAUAAUAUUGGCACUUAAUUACUUGGUGUUUGUGAAAGGAGAUUGUCUCAGUUUUGAGAUUGACCCAUCCGUUGCUGCUGAAGCUACUGAGCUGUAUCCUGAUGUCAAAUACACAACAGUUGAGGAAUACCUUAGUCGCGUUCUAUAAAUAAAGUAAAAAUCUCAUUUUCCAGAGGUUGGAGAACUUCUAUGUUGCUUGUGAGAGAAAUUUUUAAUGUUAUGCUGUUUUGAAGUAUUGUAUCCUUGUUUGGAAGUAUGUUUCAGUGAUGUCUAAAUCAUAUAUAUCACUUUUGGUGUGUACUAAUGCUUUAUGAGUUUUGUAUUGUAUUUUGGGACCUUUUUAUGAAGUUGUUUUGCAUCAGAUAUGAAAAACUUCCUUCAGUUCUGUGAUUAA